GAGAGAGAGAGUGAGAAAAAGAAUGGAGAGAAAUUCUAGAUUAUUUUGCAAAAUAAUUUGAUAGAUCUAUCAAAUCGGUGUACAUCUUAAGUUUAAAUUUGUGUGCAUUUGUUAUAUGACAAGUCCAGAUGUACCUGGCUGCUUAAAGCACAAGACUCUUCUUGUCCAUGUGAUUAUCCCAUGCAGGACGCGGACCACAUAUUUUGAAGCUGCCCUCUCUACACAUACAAAGGACUUCUAUCACAGUUAUCCAGGUUUAAGAAUUUAACGCAGUCCUACAAGAUCCAAGACAUUCUGAGCAAAUCCUUCACCGAAGUUAUCCACUUGCUGGCCUGAGUAUAUUGAUCGUUGAUCAGAUCAAAGACGGCCAUAAAAAAUUAAAGAAGAAGAAGAAGAAGUCCAGAUGUAAAUAAUUUUCUUGAAAACACUUUAAUAAAAAAAGAGGAAAAUAUCUGGGCACCUGUCAAAUGUGUCAAAAUGCUUAUUUUAUGUCUUGUAAUAUAGCUAUCUGAUUAAAAACUAUACAAUGGAAAAUAAAUCUGACGAUAUACUAAAAAAUAGCGACGAUUCUGAAAUAGAAUCCAAAGAAAUAUUAAGGAGGAAGAUGCAAAUGAAAUCAGAAGCUCUCCUGUUGUUGAGUCAGGAGUUGGAUCAAUGUAGGAUUCAACGAGAUCAGUUUAAAUUAAUAGCAGAACAAAUUCAAGAAAGAUUUCUGCAAUUGAGAAAGCAGAUGUGUGAAACUAAAGAAUCAAAUAGAUGCUACAGUUCAAAUGAUGAUUUUAGAACUUUGGAUUUAUUGACAGAAGCACGAGAACAAAAUAAAUGUCUUAGGCUACAAGUUGAAACAUUAAGACAGAAGCUAGCAGAUGCCGAAGGUGAUAUUAAGGCAUUACGUACAAAUAGUAAUCGUACAUCAGUUCAGCAACAAGAAGCUCAACUUGCACCAACAAUGCAUCAAAGGGAGGAAAUGAUAGAGCAAUUAGAAAAGUUAAAUUUAAAAUGUUCACAGUUACAAACAGAUUUACAAAUAGUAUUGGAUGAAAAACAUGAACUGGAGAUGGAAAGAGAUGCUUUCAAGUGUAAGGCACAUCGUUUGAAUCAUGAGCUGUCUAAAGCUUUGAGUGCUUCCAAACCAGUUGAUCUGGAUGCUCUUAUCAAUGAAAAUAGAUAUCUACAAGAAAGACUGCAGCAAUUGCUUGAAGAGAAGGAACUUACACGCCAAUCUCUGUCUAAAUAUAAGAGUAUGUUGGAUAGUAAAAGGACUAAAGGAAAUAUUAAAUUGGGAGUAAAUUCUGCAGCUGGAACAGUAAUGACUCACAAACAAGUUGAACAACUUCUUCAGGAAAGUUCUUAUAUACCACCUCAAAAAUCUGUUGCUGCUGUUACUGACUUACGGUGUCUUUGUACUGCUUUGUUAGAAGCUUUAAAUGACAAAACCUUGGCUCUAGCCCAUCAGAAGAAAGCGAAUAAAAUACUGGCAUUGAGAAUUUGUGAAUUGGACAGUGCAGUGCAAUCACCAACCAUGAAACUUUUAGAGGGUUACACAAGCGCCAAUGUUGAUUUAAGAUGUGAUAAUGAUUUAGAUCAUACAACUAAUUGUAAUAUAGAUAAUAUUGAGGAAAACAGUAUUAUAACAAACAAAAAUAGUGUACAGUGUAGCUCUUCUGAGAGUCAAGUUAUGCAACAAUUGCAGUCGAUACAAAUGAGUCUUCCAAAGAACUUGGGAGUAUUAGUUCAAAAAGCGUUAAAUAAUCUGAAGGAUAAUGAUAAACAGAAGAUAUGAAAUUAGAAAUGCUUGAUAUACGAAGAAAUAUGUGAACGUGCCUGCCUAUAUAAUAUAAUAUAUAUAACGUGGUUCUGUAAGUAGAAGCUGCUACAUGCUUCAUUGAAGCACAUCAAUCUUUGCAAAAAAAUUUAAUCUCUCUCCAAAAAUCAUAUCUGUUUAAGAACAACACACAAACUCAACUUUAUAAAGAAUAAAUUACUACAAAUGUUAGCAUAAAAAUAUUAAGUGCUACUUAAUAUUCUUGUUAAAUUUGCAGUUAACAUAUAUAGUAAUUUCAAAAUUUUGAUAGAGAUAAUUUUAUUAAAUGAUAAAAGACAAUUUAUUAUACAACGUUUGUUGUAAUAAUUAAUUUGACAUAUCAUUUACACAUAACAUGUAGCUACAACGUCAUAAUACAUAUUGAAUGAUGGUAACUAAGUAAUGACGUUUCGACAAAUAUCUUUUGCGCAAGACACUAUCCAAUUAAUCUAAGCACGAAAUUCGAAUUGCGUACUUGGUCGCUCUAAGAAUUGUUGGUCCCACCGAUAUUUUUAAUCGAUGAUAAGAUGCAUUUUCCCUAUGCGAAUAUAUGUAUAUACGUUCUGCUAAUAUAUAGAAAUGACAUUCCGUACGUACGGAAUAUAUUUGCAUUUGUAUCAUCAUUAACUUCAAUUCUUUCAAUUUAUCCUUCUGUCUUUUCCAAACGUGAAACGCUUAGUUAUUGGUAAUCUCUCAUUGUUUUGUUUUGUAGAAUUUCCAUAUUCAUUCAUUAUAUCAUUUGUAACUGUUUCAACUCCUUUCUUUGUUGGAUUUUUUUUUCUUUUAUUAUUUAGCAUAUAUCUGAAGAUUAAGAGGAAUUAUUGCAGGAGUUAUAUAAUUAAGGGGAAUUAUA